CUGAGUGCUGGGCUUAAGGGGGAGCGGAGCACAAGGGCCCAGUUUGGCUUUAAGAAACAUCCAUAUUUUCACACAUGGCUCUGUAGCACAAACACAACACACAUUUUUGUGGAUUGUGGAAGGGACCAGUUUUUAUUUAAAGUCGCCCGUUUUUUUGUCCAGCGGGCGCUCACCAUGGAGAUGCAAAGGUGGUCCACCAGGUGGAAAACGAAAAGGUGGCUUUGGGAUUCAACGCUAACCACUGUGGUCACGUUAACUUUACUUCUGCAGGCUGCCACCGUCAGAGCAGCUGAACCAGUGGAUGUACUCAAGGUGCUAGACUUCCAGAGCUCCCCUGAAGGAGUACGGAAAACAACAGGCUUCUGCACAGUCCGGAGAGGAUCCAAACCUGACAUUGCAUACCGAGUGGGGAAACGGGCCCAAAUCAGUGCUCCAACCAAACAACUCUUCCCAGGGGGAGUGUUCCCUGAGGAUUUCUCCAUCCUGUUUACCAUCAAGCCCAAGACUGGCCUCCAGUCCUUCCUGCUGUCUGUGUACAACCAGCAGGGCAUUCAGCAGCUGGGUGUGGAAGUCGGCCGUGCCCCCGUGUUCCUUUAUGAGGACCAACAUGGCAAGCCUGCCCAUGAGGAAUACCCCCUGUUUCGCUCCAUCAACCUCGCCGAUGGCAAAUGGCAUCGUGUAGCCAUCAGUGUGGAGAAGAAGAGCGUCACCAUCAUUGUGGACUGUAAGAAGAAGCUGACCAGGCCGCUUGCAAGAAGUGACCAGGCUGUUAUCAACACAGAGGGCAUCACUGUCUUUGGCACCAGAAUUCUGGAUGAGGAAGUCUUUGAGGGUGACAUCCAGCAGCUGCUUAUCGUGGCAGACCCCAGGGCAGCCUAUGACUACUGUGAACACUACAGCCCUGACUGUGAAACGCCCAACCACCACGACACUCCCCAGGCUCAGGAACCUGAGGAAGAGUACACUAACUAUGACUAUGGUGAGUUCUAUGACUACAGUGAAGGGGAGGUAGCCACUGAUGCUCCCCCAACUGAAGGAGCCAAGACUGAGACAAAUGUGGGUGAGGAGUACUACACAGGCGAGUAUGAUUACAGCACAGUCACCGGCAAUCAGCCUGAAACCCCCACUGAGUCUACAGGAACAGGCCAGAAUUACGAAGAGGAAAUAGUGGAUGAUUACAUCACCGGCGUGGAACAGGUUGGGGUGGACCCCACCGUUGCCGUGGAAACUGCUGCCCCUGUGGACACCGCUAAGAAAGUGGACCCUGGCGCUGAAGAAUAUGACUUUAAGGAAUACGACCUGAAGGAGUAUGACACCAAGGAGUUUGACAAUAAGCAGUACGAAUACGGUGAAUAUGGCACUUAUGACACGACUGACGCCAAGCCUACAGAAUCGGCAUAUGAGGAAGAGUUUGGCCCUGGUGUUCCUGCGGAGACAGACUUCAGAGAGAGCAAUGUGGGCGGAGGUUACCCGGGAGAGAAAGGAGAGAAGGGUGAGCCUGCUGUCAUUGAGCCAGGAAUGCUUAUAGAAGGACCCCAAGGAGCCCCCGGCCAAGCAGGUCUCCCUGGUACCCCAGGCUUGCAGGGUCCCCCAGGUACCCCAGGAGAUCCUGGUGAGAGGGGUCCUCCAGGACGUCCUGGUCUUCCUGGUUCAGACGGUGUUCCUGGUCCUCCAGGUACCAUUCUGAUGCUGCCAUUCCGUGCAGGAGGAGAGGCACACAAGGGACCUGUGGUUUCUGCCCAGGAAGCCCAAGCUCAGGCUAUCUUGUCUCAGGCUAGGCUGGCCAUGAGAGGUCCUCCAGGGCCAAUGGGCAUGACAGGAAGAUCUGGGCCUGUGGGAGGUCCUGGUUCUCCUGGACUUAAAGGUGACAGUGGAGAUUCUGGACCACAGGGACCCAGAGGUCUUCAGGGUCCUUCUGGCCCAUCAGGGAAAGCAGGAAAGAGGGGUCGUAAUGGAGCCGACGGUGCCCGAGGAAUGCCAGGAGAGGCAGGAGCCAAGGGCGACCGUGGUUUUGACGGCCUCCCUGGUCUUCCUGGAGAGAAGGGACAUAGAGGAGAGCAGGGUCCCACAGGUCCUCCAGGCCCCCCAGGAGAGGAUGGCCAGAGAGGUGAAGAUGGACAGAUUGGACAGAGGGGUGUGGCUGGAGAAAGUGGUCCUAGAGGUUUGCUUGGCCCCAGAGGGUCUCCAGGUCCUGGAGGACAGCGUGGUCUUCCUGGACUUGAUGGCCAGGCUGGUCCCAAAGGAAACAUGGGUCCACAAGGAGAGCCAGGGCCUCCUGGACAACAGGGUCUCCCCGGGCCACAUGGUCUCAUUGGUCCUCAAGGUCCGAUUGGUCCACCUGGUGAAAAAGGACCUCAAGGUAAACAAGGUUUGGCUGGUCUGGCUGGUGCUGAUGGUCCCCCUGGUCAUCCAGGCAAGGAAGGUCCUGCAGGCGAGAAAGGAGAAGUUGGUCAUGCUGGUCCUAUUGGAUCCAUCGGUUACCCUGGGCCUCGUGGUGUGAAGGGCGCUGAGGGCAUCAGAGGUCUAAAAGGUGGCAAGGGAGAAAAGGGAGAAGAUGGAUUCCCUGGUUUCAAAGGUGACAUGGGUCUCAAGGGUGACAAGGGUGAGGUCGGUGUGUUAGGACCCAGAGGAGAGGACGGACCCGAGGGCCCCAAGGGCAAGGCGGGCCCCAGCGGUGAAACUGGUCCCAUGGGAUCAGCCGGAGAGAAGGGAAAACUUGGUGUCCCUGGACUGCCUGGAUACCCUGGAAGACAAGGACCCAAGGGGUCCAAUGGUUUCACCGGAUUCCCAGGAUCAAAUGGAGAGAAGGGGGCGAGGGGAAUCGCUGGCAAAGCUGGCCCUAGGGGACAGCGUGGCCCAACGGGUCCGCGUGGUGGCCGUGGUGCCAGAGGACCAACAGGAAAACCAGGUGCAAAGGGUACUGCAGGCAAUGACGGACCCCCCGGUGGGCCAGGAGAGAGGGGGCCUCAAGGGCCACAGGGACCAGUCGGCUUCCCUGGACCCAAAGGACCCAACGGACCACCAGGAAAGGAUGGGCUGCCCGGUCAUCCAGGACAGAGAGGAGAGACAGGAUUCCAAGGCAAGACUGGACCCCCAGGACCUGGAGGUGUGGUUGGACCACAGGGCCCGACUGGAGAGACAGGACCCAGUGGAGAGAGGGGACACCCAGGCUCUCCUGGCCCACCUGGUGAGCAAGGUCUCCCUGGAGCUGCUGGAAAAGAAGGUGGAAAGGGCGAUCCAGGUCCCCAAGGUCCUGCUGGGAAGGUGGGCCCUGCUGGCCUAAGGGGCUUCCCAGGCACAAGAGGUCUUCCAGGGGCCAUGGGUCCAGCUGGCUUAAAGGGAGGAGAAGGCCCUCAGGGUCCGCCUGGCCCCAUCGGCUCCCCUGGAGAGAGAGGCGCUGCUGGCCCUGGUGGUCCCAUUGGUCUGACGGGACGCAACGGCCCCCAGGGACCCCCUGGCCCGGCUGGAGAAAAGGGAGCUCCUGGAGAGAAAGGUCCCAUGGGACCCGCUGGUCGUGACGGUAUUCAAGGUCCUGUUGGUCUUCCUGGUCCAGCUGGUCCUCAGGGCCCUCCUGGAGAGGACGGUGACAAGGGAGAAGUCGGUGGACCUGGCCAGAAGGGAAGCAAAGGAGACAAGGGUGAACUGGGGCCCCCAGGUCCUGGCGGCCUUCAAGGUGUGAUCGGAGCUCCUGGUCCAGCUGGCAGUGAUGGCGAGUCUGGGCCCAGAGGUCAGCAGGGUAUGUUUGGCCAGAAAGGAGACGAAGGAUCCAGAGGAUUCCCUGGUCUGCCAGGACCCAUUGGACUGCAAGGUUUGCCCGGCCCACCAGGUGAGAAGGGAGAGAAUGGAGACGUAGGACCAAUGGGUCCACCUGGUCCUCCUGGCCCCAGAGGUCCUCAGGGUCCGAGCGGCUCCGAUGGUGCACCAGGUCCUCCUGGUGGCAUUGGUUCAAUGGGAGGCAAUGGUGAAAAGGGAGAGACCGGUGAGUCUGGCAACCCAGGACCACCCGGAGAGCCCGGUACCGGAGGCCCCAGAGGAGAGACUGGUGAGAAGGGAGAAGCCGGCCCACCUGGAGCUGCCGGGCCCCCAGGCGGCCGCGGGCCCCCUGGAGACGAUGGCCCCAAGGGUAACCCUGGUCCCGUCGGCUUUCCUGGAGAUCCUGGUCCCCCUGGUGAGCCUGGUGCUGCUGGUGUUGACGGUUUACCAGGAGACAAAGGAGAUGAUGGAGAAGCUGGUCAACCUGGCCCUUCAGGUCCAUCUGGCGAGGCUGGAGUACCAGGACCCCCUGGCAAAAGGGGACCUGUCGGUCGAGCAGGUCAGGAGGGCAGACAAGGAGAAAAGGGAUCCAAGGGAGAACCUGGAGCCGAGGGACCAGUUGGCAAGACCGGACCCGUUGGACCUCAGGGACCUCCUGGAAAGGCUGGUCCAGAAGGUCUGCGUGGAAUCCCUGGCCCUGUUGGUGAGCAAGGACUUCCUGGUGCUGCGGGUCAAGAUGGCCCUCCUGGACCUCUAGGGCCCCCUGGACUUCCCGGUAUGAAAGGUGACUCUGGCUCCAAGGGAGAGAAGGGUCACCCAGGUCUAAUUGGUUUGAUUGGACCCCCUGGUGAGCCUGGAGAAAAGGGAGACAGAGGUUUGCCUGGACCUCAGGGUACAGGUGGUGGAAAGGGUGAUCCUGGUAUCGGUGGUGCUCAAGGUCCUCUCGGCCCUCCUGGUCCUCCUGGUAUUCCUGGCCCACAAGGUUCAAAGGGAUCCAAGGGAUCAGCUGGUUCAGCAGGUCAGAAGGGAGACACUGGAAUGAUUGGACCACCUGGGCCACCUGGUCCUCCUGGUGACAUCAUCCAGUCACUGCCCCUCCAGCAGUCUGCCAGGAAGACCAGACGGCAGGCCGAGAUGCAGCAGGACGAGGCCAUGGCCGACUACGGAAUGGACGCCAUGGGUAUGGAGGGAAUGGAAGACGUCUUUGGAUCCCUCAACAACCUCAAACAGGACAUUGAGCGCAUGAAGUUCCCCAUGGGCACUCAGGAUAACCCUGCCAGGACGUGCAACGAUCUGCACCUCAGCCAACCUGACUUCCCAGAUGGUGAAUACUGGAUUGAUCCAAACCAGGGAUGCAUAGGAGAUUCUAUCAAGGUGUUCUGUAACUUCACCGCUGGAGGAGAAACCUGUAUCUACCCAGAUAAGAAAUCUGCCGGAGUCAGAAUAUCCAACUGGCCCAAGGAGGCUCCAGGUUCAUGGUUCAGUGAAUUUAAACGUGGCAAAAUUUUGAACUACGUUGACAUGUCAGACAACACCAUCAACACGGUGCAGAUGACCUUCCUGAAGCUGCUGAGCUCCUCGGCGCGGCAGAACUUCACCUACAUCUGCCAUCAGUCUGUGGCCUGGUACGACGCCAAGGCCGACAGCUAUGACAAGGCGCUGCGCUUCCUGGGCUCCAACGAUGAGGAGAUGUCCUAUGACAACAAUCCCUUCAUCAAGGCCCUGUCAGACGGCUGCUCGCUGAAGCAGGGCUACGCUAAGACGGUGAUGGAGAUCAACACUCCCCGCAUCGACCAGGUGCCCAUCAUUGACGUCAUGCUGAAUGACUUUGGGGACCCCAACCAGAGGUUUGGCUUCGAGGUCGGCCCCGUCUGUUUCCUCGGCUAGACACGCCCCCCACCCCACUCCCCGCUGAAGGACAGGGUCAGAGGGCACAUAAUAACACCCACAUGCUGAGAUCUGACAACCUUCACCUUCUCUCCUCACGAACCAAACCUGUGUUUUUUUUGUGACCAAGAAGAUCCGCUCAAGCCCGGAGAAGAGGAUUGCCCCCCGACCCCGUCAUGGAAGCAUUGACCAGGGGAAUCUACUCCUCGCCCUUGUAGGGCCAGAAUCACAUGACUUAAACGUAGUAACGGGAGUGACAUCAGGAAAAGGACAUUUGAUGCCGUGGCGGACAGUGGCGCACUUUUAGCAACAGAGAGAGGAUCCACUCACCCCAAGCCCCACCCUCCCUUGCCCCUCCCCCUCCCACCAAGCCUCCCUCUCUGGGUGCUGCAGGUGCUGCUCUGAAUACAACCACAGAGGUGCUUUUGUGCAGAAUCACAAAACACCCAAGGUGCUACAAAAAGUGCAUUUUUGAUAAACUGUAAUUAUUAUUAUUAUUUUGUACAAUACUGUUCCUUUCCGAAUCCACUUUCAAAACUUGCAUGUGUCCCAGCUCUUAAGGUUUGAAUAAAUGUUUUGUAAACUAUAUAGAAAUGAAUUUGCAAUAAAUAUAUUUGUCUGUUUCAAAUGUCUAAUUUGGUUGAAAAAAAAAAAUAGUAUGUCAUUUGAAAACAUUCAUGAUACAUCAACCUGACAAAAGUUCCACAAUUUGUAAUUAUGAAAAGUUAUUUUUGUAAAUAAUAUACAUUCCAAUAAUUGACACCAACAACAACCAAAACUGGAACACAACACCUAACUCAAAUUACAUUUUCCCAUAAAUGACUCGUCUUUGUUCCAUACUACUUGGCAUGUCCAGUAGGAAACUAAGCCAUAGUAAAACUGAGAUAGUAAUAUAAAUGUUUCUGAACUGCUGAGAUGCAGUAUUAACUCACUAAAUAAGGGCUUAUUUUUCCAGACAGACUUCAUUCUUCCAGAUGGUAUACCUCAAUCGCUCUAAAAAUGCUAUAGAUAUUUGGAUAUUUGGAUGUUCAGCCAUGUAUAUAUCUUGAUUAAACAAUUAAGUUUAUAUAUGUGGGUGGAGAAUCUUUCUUUUUUUGUUACAAAGGAAGAAAACCUUUGUGUAGUUCAAUUUGUCCAGUUUUUUGUUUUUCUUUUAAUAUAAAUGCACAAGACAGCCCUGUUGAUUUUUUUUUUUUUUGUAAUAAUGAGGAAAUGUUUUCAUGUGCUUUUGAUGGUUCAUUCAAAAAAAAAAAAUUAAAACUGGAUUCUGAACAAUGUUGGGUGGAAUGUCUAUUGCUGGCUACUUGCGUGCAGAAAUGAUUACUCAUACAGUGCUCUUGUUGUGAUUCUGUGCUGCCUUGUUACUUUCCCUCACCAUAUUAAUUUAAGAUUAGGAGGAUUAGCGAUACCAAAUGUUUGGGUUCCUGUGAUUGAUUCUACUGAGUCAUCCUAAGCCCAGGCAGUCUGAUCUCUCCCAGUGUCUUUCUGUGACUCAGAUUUGACUUUGAUCAAGAUCUGUGUGCAUCUCCACCUCCUUAGCUUACAGCUCUAAUAGCAAAGACUUCAGAGCCGCUUUCAAACCUGUGUAAUUACAGUAUGUUUACAACCUAUGUAAAAACCUAAAUAAA